UGACAGAUCAUCGCUCCUCCUUAUCUGCUCCACACUGAUAAAGUACAGCGCAGGGACCUGACACUGACAGGUCGCAGACAUGGGGGUUCUGCUCAAAGUCACCUUUAUUGGGGUGCUCCUUGCUAGUGUGGGAGAGAGACUGGGGAAGUUCUGUCAUCGAUUCAACUACUCCAGAGAGAUAGACAACAUAGAUCUCCCGAACUGCCAUCUUGUGAAAGGGAUCGACUAUGGCUCUGAAGAUAUAGAGGUUCUUCCGAACGGCCUGGCCUUUAUCAGCUCUGGUCUGAAAUAUCCCGGAAUCAUGAGCUUUGCUCCUGAAAGGCCUGCCGAAAUAUUACUGCUCGAUAUGAACAAUGACGAUCUCCAGCCGAUCUCUCUGCCGAUCAGCAAAGGCUUCGAUAUGUCUACGUUUAACCCUCAUGGAUUGAGCUCGUACAUUGACGAGAAGGAUAACUCGGUCUACCUCUUCGUGGUGAAUCAUCCUCAUCACAAGACGACUAUUGAGAUAUUCAAGUUUAUAAAGAAAGAAAAUGUUCUUGAGCACCUGAAGACCAUUAAACAUCCUGAACUUCACAGUGUAAACGAUAUUGUUGCUGUUGGACCUGAGAGCUUUUAUGUCACUAAUGAUCAUUACUUCACGGACGACUUCAUGAAACAAGUCGAAUUGUUAUUUGGAUCAAAGUUGACAAACGUGGUGUAUUACAGUCCGGAAGAGGUCAGAGAAGUUGCAACUGAUUUCUACAGCGCCAACGGGAUUGCCAUGUCAAAAGACAAAAAGUUCAUCUAUGUCUCUGAUCUGACUGGUCACACAGUGAACGUGUUAGAGAAACAUGGCAACUGGUCUCUGUCUCCAGUAAAGGUGGUGCAGUUAGAGACCCUCCCGGACAACCUCUUCGUGGAUCCAGUUACAGGAGAUGUCUGGACAGGAGGUCACCCAAAUGCCUAUAAAUUGUUCUUUUACAACAAAGAUGAUCCUCCUGGGACAGAGGUUGUCCGCAUACAGAACAUUCACUCGGACAACCCCAUAGUGACCACCGUUUAUGCCAACAAGGGCUCUGUCUUACAAGGCUCGUCCUGCGCCGUCUUGUACGGCAAGAAACUUCUCGUCGGCACAGUAUUUCACAAAGUUUUGUACUGCCCGUUUCAAUAAACAACUUGAGCUCCGGAUUGCUGCUCCGGAGGCUGAAGAACUAGGUUUGGUCAAAGAGCACUUAAUUUGGGUAAUUAGUACGAAUAUGUCAAGUUUUGGCCACUUUUGCUUCCCUGAUACAUUGGUAACUUUUCCCUGUGAUUAUUACUACCUGCUACCAGGAACACUCAAUGUACGCAGUGGUCUACGGCCACCCAUCAGUUACUAAAUGUUAUUAGGUAAUAGUGGGGUUGUACAGGAUUUUAAAAAAAAGUAGCAGUUUAUUCCAAAAACAGCGCCACAUCUGUCCAGGAGUUGUGUCUGGUAUUGCAGCUCUGCUUCAUUGAUAUGAAUGGAGCUUAGCUGCAAUACCACAAACAACCUGUGGACAACAGUGGCGCUGUUUUUAGAAGAAUAUAGUCCUGUUUUUCUAUUCUUUCCUUUAAGUAGGACCUCCUGAUGAACUCAGUUUCACUAGGAAGCACCCUAGCAUAAGUAUCAAACUCACCAAUUUAUCAAAUUGUCAUCCUCUAACACAAGGCAUCAUCGUUUACUCCCCAGCCUUCCCCUUAAAGGGGUGAUAUCAUGAUAAUACAUGGCGUAAAAUCGUGAAGACACAUGCAGUGCUUUUACUUUGUAAUAUAAUGGCUGUCAAAAUUUGGAGAACUCAGAGAAAUGCAUAUAUUGGGCAUUACAUUUUUCUACCACUAGCUGGUGCUAUAGAGCAUUGUACAACAUGUGCCUGAAUGUAUGUAGAUCAUGCUUUAUGCUGCCUAUAAAUAAGUUCUUAGUAAUAGCACACCAUGUGGUCAGAUAGGGUACUGCAAGCAAAAAUUAUAUAGUUGUCACAGUGUUAAACCCAUCCCAAUCCCAAUGGGUUAAAUUGCAUUUUUAUGCAUCACGAUGUGUCUAUAGGUUUUAGGUCCAUGGAUGAAUCUAGUCUCAUUUCAGUCUAUGUGUUUGUAGAUUUUCACAUCAUUGCGGCCUCACUGGUGGUUAAUGGGGCAGAUUUAUGAAUCCUGUUGUCGGGCCAUGUAAAUUUCAAUUAUAUCUGAUGUUCUAAUGUCUCGUUAUGAAUGUUGUGGACGUCCCCUAAAGUUCCCAUCCACGACAGUAGCUCACUGGGGCACUGUCAUCACCAUGACUGAUCAUUCUGCCCCAGUAUUGGUUCAUGCUUUUUUUUUUAUUGAUCACUUUAAACAGGUUUAUAUAAAUCAUGGAUGAUGUCUAUUUUGGAUUUUUCUAUCUUGUAUUUUUAUCUAAAAAUGUGAUUUUUAAAUUUCUUGAAUGAAACCAAAAUAAAUCAUAUUGUGGACAAAUGUGCUGUGAAAUAAAAUGUGAUUGUGA